GAACUUCCCACAUUAAAAAAAACUGCUGUUGGGAUAUGGGCGGUUGUAGAGGAGUGGGGUAGGUCUCGUUCGGAGCGGUGAGUGAUGUAGUUUUCAGUCGUUACCAUGCCGUGGUCAGGUGAGCAGCGUGCGUUCAUUAUCGAGACUUUUUUCAAAAAUGGUGAAUCUGUAACUGCUACUUUGAGGGCAUUCCGUACAAGGUACAGUUUGUCGUCGUCUGCUAGUGUUCCCGACCGGAAAACAAUUUUGUCUUGGGUGCAAAAGUUUAGAGCAACAGGAUCUGCGCUAAAUUCAAAGAAGAAAGGCACAGCUGUCACCGUUAGAACCCCUGAAAACAUUGCUCGAGUGAGGGCGUCGAUCGAACAGAGUCCUACGCGUUCUGCGAGAAAACAUGCUUCUGCUCUUCAGAUUUCGGCGAGAACAGUGAGGCGGAUUUUGCAUACUGACCUCAAUUUGCACCCCUACAAGAUCAUGGUUGCCCAGGAAUUGUCCCCAACAGACUGGGGGCGACGUGUGGAAUGUUGUGAGGCGAUCCUUCAACAAGUGCCUCCCACUGCGGUUUUGUGGACUAGCGAUGAAGCUCAUUUUCAUCUGUCAGGGUGUGUGAAUAAGCAAAACUGCCGUUAUUGGGCAGCUGAGAACCCUCGAGAGCUUCACCAAAGACCCCUUCACAGCCCCAAGGUCACAGUUUGGUGUGCACUGUCGUCUGUAGGCAUCAUUGGGCCUUAUUUUUUUGAGGAGGGUGGUGUCACGAUUACUGUGAACUCUGAUCGGUACUGUGACAUGCUUGAGAAUUUUUUGAGGCCAAAAAUCGAAGAAUUCGGUGAGGAACAUGAACGUGAGAGCUUCUGGUUCCAACAAGAUGGUGCUACAGCACACACAGCCCGUCGUUCACGCGCUAUUCUCCAGGAGAUGUUCCCCGGGCAGGUGGUCUCCUUGCAUGAGCCCAUUCAGUGGCCCCCGCGCUCCCCCCGAUUUAAGCCCUUGUGAUUUUUAUCUAUGGGGUUACCUCAAGGCCGAGGUUUUCAAACAUCGUCCAAGGACCCUGGAAGACCUCAAAACCGCAAUCGAGGGAGAAAUCGCCCAGAUAACCUCCACCACACUUGAGAAAGUCAUGCGAAACUUCCACGAAAGGCUCAAUAUCUGUAUUGCCCGGCAAGGCCAUCAUUUAGACGAUAUUAUUUUUAAAACGUAGUUUGAAAAAACUACAUGAGGUAAUCUUUUUGAUAAA